CAGUUUGCUUUAUAAAUAUUCCAUCUCUCAAGCCCAAAGAACAUCUCAAAGAAGAACAGCUCCUCUCCCUUUCCCUCUAGGAAUAUACAAACGCACAUAUAGAUAUAGAGAGAGAAUGGGUAGCAAAAAGUUUGCUGUUCUUCAUUGUGCAGAUGAUUCAGAUUACGUGAAGAAACUUUACGGAGGUUAUUUUGGGAUUUUCGUGCGAAUGCUGGGAGAAGAAGGUGAAACAUGGGACGUGUAUAAGGUUGCGAAGGAAGAAUUUCCGGAAGAUAACGAGAUCGGAGAGUACGAUGGAUUCGUGAUCACCGGUAGUUGCAGUGACGCCCAUGGAAACGAUUUAUGGAUCUCCAAACUCGUAGCUUUGCUGAAGAAAUUGGAUGCAAUGAAGAAGAAGGUUCUAGGCAUUUGUUUUGGCCACCAGGUACUUUCUUCACACCAUUUUCAUUUCAUUCAGUUCUCUGUGUCUCUGAAAUAUAUAUAUGGACAGCUGUCCUUAUUUUCUGGUGUUAAUGUCAUCUACCUUUAUGUUUGGCAGUGGCCUUUAACAUAA